AUGGCCACCCCCUCCACAGCAAUCGUCCUCGUGGACCCCUACAACGAAUUCCUCCACCACGAGGGCAAAAUCUACCCGUCCGUAAAAGAAUCCCUCGAGGCGACGGGCACAAACGAUAACCUGCGCACCCUCGUCGCCGCGGCGCGCAAGCAAAAGAUGCCCAUCUUUUACGCCCUGCACAAGACGUGGAAGGAGGGAAACUAUGCCGGGUGGACGCACCUCACGCCCUCGCACAAGGGUCUGGCGGCCGCCAAGGGCAUCGCGGAGGGCAGCUGGGGCGCGGAGAUCUUGGAGGGGCUUGAGCCGGAUGUGGUGAGGAACGGGGACGUUGUUGCGAGCCGGCAUUGGAAUAAUAGUGGCUUCCAUGUUACCCUUUUAUCCGAUGCGACUGCUGGCUUCAGCACUGAGGCGAAGGAUGCCGCGACGAACCUCAUCUGGCCGUUGAUUGUGGAGAAUGUCACGACGGUUAGAGACUGGGUUCUUGAGAGUGAGUCCAAGGCCUGA